UGUGACUCCUGUGCACACCUGUAGAGGCCGCUGUGGCGCGGGUCCUGCAGAGUGAUGCGAUGGCUCGCUGGUCCUCAGUGAUGUUCGCUUCUCUUUAGGGUCCCCCCUGGAUUGGGAGUUCGGGGAUCUCUGCAGUGCAGAACUGGUGCUGGAUCUCAUGGGUCCCAAACUUCAACAUGUUCGUGCAGAAGAGACGGCAGUAUGUGUGGCUGUCAGGGUCCGGCCACUGCUUCCAAAGGAGGUUCUGCACAGUCAGCAGUCCUGCAUCCAUAUUGACUCUGAUCAGAAGACCCUAACACUUGGCAGCAAUAGACAUUUCAAGUUUCAAGAUGUGCUGGAUGAAGCUUGCAGCCAGGAGAGCACAUACAAUCAUUGUGUACAGCCAUUGAUUGAAUCAUUUUUUCAGGGCUACAAUGUUACUGUGGUUGCUUAUGGGCAGACUGGUUCAGGGAAGACUUAUACCAUUGGAGAAGCCAGUAUAUCUUCUAUCUCGGAUGAUGAACAAGGCAUCAUUCCACGUGCGAUGGCCGAAAUCUUUAAACUGGUUGAUGAAAAUAAUCUAAUUGACUAUACAAUCCGAGUGUCGUACUUGGAGGUGUAUAAAGAAGAGUUCAGAGAUCUUCUUGAAGUGCAAACAUCUAGUAAAGACAUUCUAAUCAGAGAGGACGAUAAAGGCAAUGUUGUGCUGUGUGGUGUAAAGGAGACAGAAGUGGAAGGACUUGAUGAAGUACUUAGUCUUCUAGAAAUAGGCAAUACUGCUAAGCAUACAGGCGCUACUCAGGUCAAUACUCACUCUAGCCGCUCUCAUACAAUCUUCACUGUCACAAUGGAACAGAGGAGAGUCGUCGGUCGAGUCACCAGAGUGACCAAUGAUGAGGAUGGUCCAGGUCUAGCAUUUGGCCAGGUCCUGUCCUCCAAGUUCCACUUUGUAGACCUGGCUGGGUCAGAACGUAUACUGAAAACUGGCAACACUGGAGAAAGGCUGAAAGAAAGUAUUCAGAUCAACUCUGGGUUACUAGCCCUGGGUAAUGUAAUCAGUGCCCUUGGGGACCCAAAAAGGAAAGGAAGCCAUAUCCCAUACAGAGAUUCCAAGAUCACCAGGAUUUUAAAGGAUUCCCUUGGAGGAAAUGCCAAGACUGUUAUGAUCUGUUGCAUAAGUCCUUCAGCCUCAGACUUUGAUGAAACGUUGAACACUCUAAACUAUGCCAACCGUGCUCAAAAUAUUAAAAACAAAGCGACUGUGAACUACAAGAAAGACUCUGAGCGAGUGGAAGACCUACAGCAUCAGAUCAAGUCCCUGCAGCGUGCUCUGGAGCAGCGACAUCGAUCAGAAACUCGAAUACUCAACAGAUUUGACCCUUCUAAGAAUGUGGCCCGAAGAUCUACAGAGGACCAUGUGUCCCGGCUAAUGGCAGAGUGUGCACAUUAUCGGACUUGUACAGACACAGGUUACCUCCUUCUUAUGGACCUUCUAUCGGAGGGAGGCCUGUCUCCCUUUCAAGUCCAGAGGUUGAAGGACUGGAUGUGUACAGUAGAAGAGGAAAGGAGUGAAGUGACGUCAGCUUCUGGACUAGACAGUGGGAUUGAGAGCUCUUCUGUAGAGGAAUCCACUAAAGAAAUCAGUAGGAGACCCACCAAGUGCAAGGGCACGUUGAGCUUUGAAAGUGACACCGAGAAAGACAAGUACAUUGAAACUUUGAAGAAUAAAAUCCAGAGGUUGGAAGAUGAGAAUAGAGACUUUUUGGCUGCCUUGGAAGAUGCAAUGGAGCAGUACAAAAUACAGAGUGAUAAACUGCAAGAGAGACAAGAUGAAAUAGCUAAAUUACAGUCCCACUUGGAGCAGUUAAGGCCUGGUUUGUCUAUGACGGCUUUGCUGGAAGAUGUACAUUUACUACAGAUUGGAGCAAGACCAAGUACAGCACCACUGGUUACAAAGCCUUCACUCACAAUGGGUCAGAAUAAAUUUCUAUUCAGCAAGAAUCAUAAGAAGAUUUCAGAAAGUGUUGCUUCUUUAUCUAAUGAGCUUACAAGAAAUUUUCAGAGUGGAACUCAGAAGCUGGUGUCCAGUAUGGAGGAGGCCGAUACAGUUCUGUACAGACAAUUCAGUGAGGACUCUGAUCCAUCAGGACAGUCAGAAGAAGAGACAAUGGAAAAUGAAGAAUUUGAGAGAGAAUCUAACAAGUCUUUUCCUCACAACAGGUCUAAAAAGCUGUGCAAAGUUGACGUAAAAAAUGUGACUUUAGCCCACAAUCGGAAGUAUCCAACACCUAUUCAGGACAGUGAGGAUGAAGAGGAAAUAUUGCUAGACAUAAACUCAUCUGCAUCUCAAUAUAAGAAGAGGGAACACUGUGUACCAAGAGAGAGUUCUAGUCCAGGAAAGAACUCGGAAUGGAGACUGUGUCAAGCCCAGCAGAAGAUCCGGGAGCUAGCUAUCAACAUCCGAAUGAAAGAAGAGCUUAUCAAAGAGCUGGUUAAAACCGGAAGAGAAGCUCAAGCUAUGAAUAAGCAGUACUGUAUGAAGAUAUCGGAGCUCGAAACUGAGGCAGAACAAGCGCGGAUGGAGGUUAGUGAGAACCAGCGACAACUGCAGGAGCUUGAAGGGAAAGAGACUCGAGAUCCAGUUGAAAAAUGCAAAGUGCAGGAGUGCCGCAAGAAGAUAGCCGCUGCAGAGAGUAAAGUGCAGGUUAUUAAAGAGAAGAAACAAGCAACAGAAAAGUUGGCUUCACUCUCUGUCCAGAGCGUAAAGCGUGUUCAAGAACUUGAGAAAAACAUUUUGCAGAUGAAACAGCAGCAAGGACAGUUACAAAAGAAGCUGAAAGAAGAGACCGAUCAGAAGCGGCGUCUUGAGAGCGAGAUGCAGAAGCGGAGACACAGAGAGAAGGAGCUGGAGCUGAAGCAUGAGCAGCAACAAAAGAUAUUGCGGAUCAAAACGGAGGAAAUUGCAGCUUUUCAAAGGAAAAGAAGAAGUGGGAGCAAUGGGUCAGUUAUCAGUUUGGAGCAGCAGCAGAAAAUUGAAGAGCAGAAGAAAUGGCUGGACAGUGAAAUCGAUAAGGUGCUUGAGCAGCGCCGUGCCUUGGAUGAGUUAGAAGAAGAGCUCAAGAAAAGGGAAGGUAUAUUGAUCAAAAGAGAAGCCCUUCUACAAGAAAAGAACGAUUUGGAGAUUAAAAGGCUUCGAUCCAGCCAGGCUUUGAGCAAUGAUAUUUUCAGAGUGUCUAGCCGCAUUGAAGAUUUAGAGAAGGAGUUGUCCGAAAAGAAUGGACAGUUGCGCCAGGGCAGCGCUUGCGAACAACAGCGUAUACGAGAUGAAAUUAACAACUUAAGGCACGAAAAGGAGCUGCUGCUAAAGCAGAGGGUGGAUAUAGAUGAAAAGCUGCGCCAAGGCAACCUACUUUCUGCUGAGGAAGAGAGGAUACUUUUCCAGCUAGACGAGGCCAUAGAAGCUCUUGAUGCUGCGAUUGAAUACAAGAAUGAAUCCAUUACUCGCAGACAACGAGUUCUCCGUGCCUCUGCCAGCCUUCUCUCCCAGUGCGAGAUGAACCUCAUGGCAAAACUUAGUUAUCUGUCAUCCUCGGAAACUCGGGCUCUCCUCUGUAAAUAUUUUGACAAGGUAGUUACCCUGCGUGAGGAGGAGCACAAAUUACAGAUUUCCUUCUCAGAACUGGAAAUGAAGUUGGAGGAGCAGCAUCGCUUAGUAUGCUGGCUUGAGGUUGCAUUGGAACGACAACGCCUAGAAAUGGAUCGUCAGCUUACCUUACAGCAAAAGGAGCAUGAAUGUAACAUACAACUGCUGCUGAAACAGUGUCAAGACCAAAUGGGUGAAGGGCUGGCUGGGAGCAAGAGACAAUAUGAAGGUAGAAUACUGAUGCUUGAGAAUGAACUUGGUUGGUAUAUGUGGGCCCAUCAGGAGUUGAGUCAACGAUUAAGCCGAAUGGCUGUUCCUCCUCUCAAUCCUCAAGGAACCCAUGGGAAAGUUACUCUAGGUGAUGGAAGGACCAUUCCCAGCAGCACAGAUAGACAAGUCUCUUUAGUUGGUUCAACAGAUGAGCAAAAUAAUGUGUCUGUAGACCUAAAUAUUCAGCCUCCUGCUCCUGACCGAAACCUGAGGCCUAGGGAAGAUUUAAUACAUGUCCCGUUACCUCCCACAUGGAGACGAUCUUCUUUGCCUUCUGAAGAACAGACUUUUUUAGAGGAUCUCAGGCAUCGUGAAACGGUGGUUGAAACAUUAAACACCAGAGUGGUACAGCCAAGUGAAGGUGGUUGUCAGAGACCUAUUCUGUACCAUCCCAAAUCUCGGAGAGAUGUUCGUAGAUGUAACAUAAGCGUCAUGCCUUUCACGUCUAAUGCUGAAAUGAUUGAUGUUCGGAAAAAUCCACUUUAGGUGUACAUUGACUUAUGUUUCUGAAUUGUGAGGAUGCCCACUGUGGUGAUGUUGUAGAGGUCUACCAGCCACAUUAAACCACUUGGUUACUUUGGAUGACGUGUCUUCCAACCAGCGUGCCUCCAGC